GUAUCGAUAUGUGAAAUUUGUGGUAACUGCGCCUGCGUAUUAUCUGUAACCAAGAUGGCGGCGCCCAUGGUCCAUGGAACGGUCACGGCUUGUGGUCGUUUGUUACUGCGAUUUUCUUCUCCACUUCUAAGAGACAUUUAUGGGAACGGGCAGAAUGCCAUGCUGAAGACUAAGCAGACCCAGAGAUGCCUGUCAAUCUCGGCUGCCAGGCAUCGACAGCAGACCAAAUCCACCAGCAGUCUGUCGGACAAGCCUUACACAGAGGAGUUCCUACAGGAGAUGGACCAGGAAUACCAGCUGGGGAAGAGACACCUGGCUAACAUGAUGGGGGAGGAUCCAGAAACAUUCACACAGGAGGAUGUAGAUAGAGCCAUCCGUUACCUUCUUCCAUCAGGAUUACAUGAGAAGCUGGCCAGACCCAUGCUGAAGCCUCCAGAUCAAAUAUUUCCGAAGCAGAAAGCUCUUCAGUGGGGAAAGGAGAGGAGACCAUUCAGCUUUCUAUUCUACACUGGCAAGGCCAACUACUACAGUCUCAUGCACGAAGCUGCACAGAUCCUGACUCAGCUCAACAGACAUGAAGACAAGAUGUUAGCCAAAGGUGUUCUUCUACCUGAUCCUGAACCUUGGGCUGAAUUUAACACGAGUGUGUGGAUAGACAAGAUAGCAGUGGAGAAGAUGAUAACAGAAUCCAUGGACGACCAUCAGUAUCGGCGAUUUGUGGAAAUGCUGGAGCACAUUGCAGCACACCCAUAUGCCAAACAAGCAGCUCAGUUUAUCCUGAAGUUCCGGCAGGAGCUGGUGGCAGUGUCCAUGAAACAGCAAGUCCACCCUCUGAUGUACGAUGAGAAUGGUAUAGCCUACAUGGAGGCCGAAGGNAAGAGGAAAAGUUCCCGCGCUAAGGUGACCUUGAGAGACAGGGGUACAGGAGAGGUGACGGUGAACGGACUGCCGCUGGUCACAUAUCUGAGGAACGUGCAGGACAGAGAACAGGUCAUGCUUCCCCUGGAGUUUGUGGAGAGACUGGACCAGUUUGACGUGGAGGCGACAGUGUGGUGGGGCGGGACCAGCGGACAGGCUGGGGCCAUCAGACUCGCCAUCUCAAGGGCACUCUGCAGCUUCCUGACUGAAGCAGAGAUAGAGAACAUGAGACUAGCUGGACUGCUUACUACUGAUCUGAGAAGAAAGGAGAGAAAGAAACCUGGGCAGAAGAGAGCCAGGAAGAAGUUCUCUUGGAGAAAGCGCUAGAGUCUGAGUCACUAAAGUUAUCAUCAAAAA